UGUGUGUGUGUGUGUGUGUGUGCGCGCGCCUCUUGCAUAUCUGAAAAUCAGCGCUGCUCAGCCAAACAGCACAAGGAUGUGGCUGUUUCACGGUAUUGCUGAAGUACUUUGGUAGGAUUUAGUUUUGGAUCUGCGGUGCACCGGUGAGUUUUGAAGCCAUCGCUUCCAGUUCAAGUCGCUUCUUUAGUUAAUGGACCGGAUUCGACUCACAGACUAAAUAAAAUAAGUUGUCAGUAGAUCUUACUUGGGAUUCAAGAAGGAUUAAAAUGAUACAUUUCUACUUAUUGGAAACAUCAUUAAAGAUUUCCACAUUAUCGGCACUGGGAUGACACAUGGGCACGAAUGGAUUCCAUAUAUAUUCCCCUUUCGUCGUAGUUUUAUACUACAUUUUUAUGGAAAAGUUUUUUUUAAGACAAACAAAGCAAUUCAGGGAACCUGGCAUAUGAAGGAUAUGGAACUGUAUAAAUUUGUUAACUGAUUUUCAAAUGUGAGAGGAUGGAUGAUCUAAGCAACUCUACCUCCAAACACAAAGACCCAAAUGGAUUUGUGAACAAAGUCUUCAAUGCAUUUCCUGAGGUGGGGAACGAGACUGGCAUAAUGUCCAUCCCAGAGCCAGAGGCGUGCGAAACCCUAGCCCCAUUCCAACACUCGGGGAGAGAAAAGGGUGUUUUCAGUAGGAAGCCCCGGAGCACUGGGAUCUGGAAGAUCCUGGCCAAGCGUAAAACCCCCGCGGGGGGUGAGCGGCGGCCCCAUUCUAUGAUCCUUCUCGGGGAGGCAUCUGUACCAAAACUGUCAUUUGUAGACAAAGUGAGGUCUUUCAAGAUGCUGAAGUCCCCUUCCGUCUUCAAGGGCAAAUCAGUCAAGCUCCAUGGUGGAAAACUUGGUAGUACAGCUAGAGAUGAGCAAGAGGAUGGUAGCAGGGAUGACUUUAGCCAUCUGCAGAGAGCACUCUUUAGGAACAAGGGCAAGAGGCACUCGUAUGCCGGCCACACUAAAGACUUUGACUGUUCUUUUGAGGUAAUAGAACUAUCGAUCCCGUCGGAGAAUGAACAACCACUGUUUAAAGAUGCCACUGGUAGUCAGAAUGGUUGCAAACCAAUGGUUGCAUCAUACACAAAAAGAACACUUCCCAACUUCUCAAAUUGUAAUAAUUCCUCACUUCAUGAUGAUCUUUACGUGAAGGAUUGCCCGAAAUCACCACAGACUGGAAGGAAGUCUAAAGGAGCAGAUGUCUGGAGCUACCUUAGAAAGAUCUCCUUUAUGGGGAAAGGAACCUCCAGCUUGUCUGAAAAGAGUUUUGACUCAGAGUUUCAUACUUUAGACAAGACAAUUGAUUCAGAUUGUGCCUCAGCCGACUUUGAAUGCAUCAAAGAGUUAAACCCUCCGUCCAAAUCAACGGGUAAUGAAAGCAGAGGUGCUCAUUUUGGAGGACUUUUUAGAUUUUUUAGCAGUGUUGCUGAAACAGCCAGAAAGUGGAAAAACUCUUCCAGAUCUUUCUCCCCACCGGAGGGGGAGGGUUCACCUUUGGGAUCCCCGUGCACUCAGAGGUCACAAGACUUUGUUCAUAACAUGUCCGUAAAUUUCAGGCAUGAGGAAAUCAAUGCACCUUCUAUGCCAAUGUCUCUGUUAUCCUCUGACUCAGGUUUGAGUGAGGGCCUCUCGCCCAACAGUAUGGCUGAGAAAGGAUCUCCUCAGGUGGUCCUGAAGUCCUGGAGAGCCUGUCUGGAUCCCCCCAGUCCCGAUGGGCAUUUGUCCAACAGCUUGACUGAAGUGGAAAUGCCUCUUGGUUUACCAUGCAAGUCAACAACCUCCUUGGAAAUUCCCAGCAAGCAAGGCGACCCAGACAGCCUCAUUCGUCUUGAGGCCGGAACUCCGUCAGAUAGCAGCCCGCCUGGGGAAGAGGAACAGUCAGGAAAUGAUAUGGAUUCCAUGGAUAUCUUGGUCUCCUCUGAUGAGAAAGAAAUGCACGACAGCCACAGGAAUGUAGGAAAUCAAGAAACCCGCUGCAAAGCAAAGCCUGUACCCGUUGGUCCAGGGAGGGCACUUAAGGGGCUGGCAGGCGGUUGUUGUUUAGACAAGGAUGGUCCAGCAGCGCUCGACCGUAGCGCUUUGGCGAUCACCUUUCAGAAGCGGAGGAGGCUCCGACCGGCCUCGCUCUACGCCACUAUGCUGGGUCGGCAGUCUGCGAUCCCAGAGGAGGGCGAAGAGAAGGCGCCACGGAGGUGCCAGGCUAAGUCUGCUGGGCGGCCCCAUUUGCCGCCGAGGCGGCCGCUCGUACGCAAGAGGCCCCGCUCCGUAAUCGAUGGCACGGCCGUGGCCAGGGCCGAGCCCUCGCACCCCUUCAGACCCCUCUCCCGUCCCCCGUGCCUCUCCCCACGGGACCCUCCAUUCAAAAUGGACCUCCAGAGGUGCCGGUCGCUCCCCUUGUCCCAGAGCACCCCGACAGGGCUGGAGCAGGCAGGCUGGAUGCAUGAGACCCUGCAGCCAGAUGCAGCUCCAGGGGAGGUGACGCUACUGUCGGAGCCACAGCCACACGGGGAACACAUGGGCACCACUCGCAGGAGGCUGCUGAGAAUGGGCUCAGAACAGCUUCACAUCAACAAAUUGAUAAGUGGAGGUUCAAUCGUCAGUGCCGAGGCAGUAUGGGAUCACGUCACCAUGGCCGACCGGGAGUUGGCUUUUAAGGCAGGGGACGUCAUUAAAGUCCUUGAUGCCUCCAACAAAGACUGGUGGUGGGGACAAAUCGACGACGAGGAAGGAUGGUUUCCUGCAAGCUUCGUGAGGGUUGAACCUCACCCUCCACAACCUCAAACAAAACCAGUUUUCUAUAUCAACUCUAUAGCAACUCCAAGGUUCCAAAACACAGCUUCCAAGCUAUGGGUGAACCAGGACGAUGGUAGCGUGGAGCCAGCGGAGGGCACCAGCGAGGUACAGAAUGGCCACCUGGACCCGAGCAGCGACUGCUUGUGUUUGGGCCGGCCACUUCAAAACCGGGACCAGAUGAGGGCGAACGUCAUCAACGAAAUAAUGAGCACAGAAAGACACUAUAUAAAGCACCUUAAGGACAUCUGUGAGGGUUAUUUGCGACAAUGUAAAAAGAGGAGAGACAUGUUCAAUGAAGACCAGGUGAAAGUCAUAUUUGGAAACAUAGAAGACAUCUACAGAUUCCAGAUGGGUUUUGUUCGGGACCUUGAGAAGCAAUACAACACAGAGGAGCCUCAUCUCAGUGAAAUCGGGCCAUGCUUUCUAGAACAUCAAGACGGAUUCUGGAUAUACUCCGAGUACUGCAACAACCACCUGGACGCCUGUAUGGAACUGUCCAAGCUGAUGAAAGAUGGACGCUACCAGCACUUCUUCGAGGCCUGUCGCCUCUUGCAGCAGAUGAUUGACAUCGCCAUCGACGGCUUCCUGCUGACGCCCGUGCAGAAGAUCUGCAAGUACCCUCUGCAGCUGGCCGAGCUGCUGAAGUACACUGCCCAGGACCACAGCGAUUACCGAUACGUAGCUGCAGCCUUGGCUGUCAUGAGGAACGUCACCCAGCAGAUCAACGAGAGGAAAAGAAGGCUGGAGAACAUCGAUAAGAUAGCACAAUGGCAGGCAUCAGUGCUGGACUGGGAGGGGGAUGAUAUUCUGGACAGAAGUUCAGAGUUGAUUUACACGGGGGAGAUGUCAUGGAUUUACCAACCGUAUGGAAGGAGUCAACAGAGAGUCUUCUUCCUGUUUGAUCAUCAGAUGGUUAUGUGUAAAAAGGACUUGAUACGCAGAGACAUCCUGUACUACAAGGGGCGCAUUGACAUGGACAGGUAUGAGGUAGUGGACACAGAUGAUGGCCGAGACGAGGACUUCAACGUCAGUGUCAAGAACGCCUUCAAGUUGGUGAACAGGGACGCAGAAGAGAUCCAUCUGUUCCUAGCCAAGAAGCUGGAGGAGAAGAUCCGGUGGGUCAGAGCAUUUCAAGAAGAGCGCAAAAUGGUGCAAGAAGAUGAAAAAAUAGGGUUUGAAAUCUCGGAAUAUCAGAAGCGACAAGCGGCCUUGACAGUGAGGAAAGUCACCAAACAGAAAGGUGUAAGCCAAAACCGGUCCAUGCCACCUUCAUAUCCACCUCCCCUGGACCCCUUGAACCAUGGACAGUAUAUGGUACCAGACGGCUUGGCAGAAUCUCAAGUUUUUGAAUUUAACGAACCCAAAAGGAGCCAGUCUCCAUUCUGGCAGAAUUUCAGCAGAUUAACACCAUUUAAAAAAUAGAGAAGAUUUAGAUAUUUUUAGAAAGACCACAUUAUUUUUUGAGAAGCACUAUACUAUAAUAACUAAUAAUGGGUGUUAAAAAAAAAUAGGGAAAGAAGGAUCAUUCGGAGUGAUACUGAUUGGUAACAUCCACCUGACUUCACUGCUAAAACUGUCACUUGUACUACAGCUUCUGCGACAGAUACUUCUGCUACAACUGCAGCACCAAAUCCGUGGAACCCUUAAAAACAAUAAAAAACAACAAACAAACAGAAAAAAAAACAAAAAAAACCUUUGACCAAAAUAACUGCAUUUCCCGUGUUCUUUGAGUUUUUUAUGUUGUUAGGCUUUGCUUUUUGGGGAUUGGAAGUACACAUUUACCAUUUUUUUCCUUUGGAAUAAAAAACAAAAAAACAGACUCAACAAAUGAAUCUAACUGGAAGAAAAAAAUAUCUAAUAGUUUCAACUGUUGUGCCAUUUUGGGUGUACCCUUUAGUGCACUGUGAUUUUGAUGGGUAAUUCUGGUUCCUUAUAUUGUCUUUCCUCUUGCACACAGUUUUUUGAGGUUGUUAGUAGUAUCUUAUGUAAAAGGGUGUUUUGGGACGAACAAAGCAAGACUUUGUCUGGCAAAAAUUUUCAAUGCGUAUUCUUUAUUCUUCCGUGUUCUUAUGAUAGAUGCAUGUAGAAAUCAUCCACCUGAAAAUUCUGUGUAACAUAAGGUUUCUUAUGGGUCAAGGAUCACACCAGUACAAGUAACAAAUGUAACAAAUGUUGUUGACAGGGUGUUUAUUUAUUUUUCCUAAAGACCAGAAUGACUUUUGUUUUGCAUGUCAUAAAGGAAGUUCAUAACAGAGAUUAUUCAGUUCUUUCCAUUCAGUUUGAGUUACAAGUCUGCUGUCUAAAUGAAUCCUAAAUAAGGGUUUUUAAUGAUAUUGAAUUUACUUGCUGUACCGUUUGUUGAAUAGCUUCAGAUCUCUAGUGAGAUAAAUCAUAAAGCAGAUAUAGAGAUUUAAGUCAUAAAACACUCAUAGUUAGAAUCGGGCCUUAAGACACAUUUGUUACUUUUCCUUCCUUUCUUUUGUAUUUGAGAACGAUGUUUGAAUUGAUGUUAUUCAGAAAUAACAUACUUUGUCUGGAAAAUGAAUAUUAAAAGCACCUGAAAGAGCGUCAGCGAUGGAUAAGAUCAUGAGGCAGGCAGUAACAGGGACCCGCUUUGACAGAGAACUGUAGGCGUCAUUGGUGGGUUUAAGUACAAGCUGUGUUGGUGGGUAUAUCCCAUGGUGCUUAGCUCCCCCUUCUUCAUUACAGCUGUAUUUUGAUAUAUUCUGUCAACUGUCCCAACCCUGAACUGUCCUAAGUGGUCAUCCACCCAGUUAAGCUCACAUGUACAUAUAGCAGACUUUAAGCUGGUCCUGGAGAAUAGUCAGAGGCAAUAGGCAAUAAUUCUGCGAGCUGUAUCUUCUACUGACAAUAGAUAAUGGUAUUAGGUGUGGCGUACUUGCUUGAUAGAUUUUUAAAGUGUCAAAAAAUGGCAACGGGGUCAAAAGAAUUAUUUUUUUUUUUGUAAAACUGUUACAGUAGUCGGUGUCUUAGAUGCAGCUCUGAGAGUAGAAAUGAAUGUACUGUUUGUAACCUGAUAGAAGCAAACCCAGUACUGCAGUGGCUUUUGUGGGGAAAUGAAGCCGUCGGUAUUUUGGUGUUCUACACAAUGAUGCAACUGCCCUUCUCCAGUCCGUUAUUUGCACUGACAAAUCAGUAUGUGAACAGUGUAACUCCACGUUAUUUAUUAACCUUUGUUAGCCUAUACACUCUCUCUCUCUCUCUCUCUCUCUCUCUCACACACACACACACACAUACACAAAUACACAUACUCAUGCAUAAGAUUUGCACAUGGUACACACUGUGUUUCAGCUGGUUUUUCAACAGGUGAAAUGAGAGAAAAAAUGUAAAAAGCUACUGAUUUUGAAGCCGGUGUGGGUUUUGCUAACAGAACUUGGAAACCUGUUAGGAAAUAACUGACCCUUUUUGUCAGAAUAGAGUUUAUAAGUAGACCUUCAUGUCAUGUUAAAUGUGCCUUCUACCAUUCCUCUGCUAAUCCUUAAUAGAAUUAUCCAGAUAUGAAUAAUUAACUCUCAUGUUUGUUACAUUUGUCUUAUGCUUGUUGCUGUAUUAAAAUCAUGAUUUCAAACAUUUCACCAAUGCUGUAGCAAAAUGGACAAAGUCACAUUUCAGUUUGCCAAACCAUUUUGUCCUGGUCUCUUUUUUUUGAUAUGUUACACAUGGUUUGUGCAGUAUCAAUGUAAUAAUUUAUUGCCGCCAGUUUUAGAAAAGUUUCGUUCAUUGGACUGUUGAAGGAUGGAUCAGAGGAUUGUGUUGGCUAGAUGAAAUUCAGAAUAUAAGAAUUCCCAAUUAUUUCUUCCUCUUUUAACCUUUUUAAAGUUAUUUUUGUUUUACUUGGUUACAGAUUUCCUUUGUAAGUAUAGUUUCGGCCUUGAUUUCUUAAGUGCCAAAACACUGCCACACACCCAGCGGUUUGAUGGAGCUUUAACUGUACAUGUUGUUUACAUCUAUGCUUAGCAAUCCAGAGCAUUAUGGGUAUUUAAAACAUGUCAAUCUUUUUCCCAGAAUCAGAAUGAACAAUAAUUUAACAUUAAACUAGCAGCUAAACCGUGUGUAUAUACUGUAAAUAUGACAGAUCAUAUAUUUAAAUAUUGAUAUUUUAAGUAUGAUACAGUUAUUCUUUAAGUUAUGUGCUAGGUUUUGAUUUCUCGUGAACGCAUGUGAAUGGCAUAAAAUGUUCUGCAUGACACAAGCAGCAUUUUCUGAUUUUACGUUCCAUUCUGUUUUAAUUGUGUUUAUCUCAUUGUUUUGUUCACUUGGUUGUUUAAUAGGAAACACUGCUUUUGAAUUGGAUCCAUUUGAUUCACAGAAAGUUAUUAUUUAACAGUUUGUGCAGUUGUAUUAAUUUAAAUUGUGCCAUCUUAGGACUGUGACCCACCUCGGUUAAAGCGUAACCAUUCGAAGUGUAACUAACCCAAAGAAAACCAGAUCAGUCCAGGUUUCCCUUACUGGUAUAUGGGCAUAUAGCUAUGUUUCCAUAUUCAGAACACUGGCACUUACCAAUGUCUACAAUGCUCCAUCCGUCGACUGGGCAUUUUCCGCUGUGACUCCAGGGGAAAUGUCCAGUCAUCAUAAAUUUUUAAAUCCUUGUUUGAGUGUGAACUUGCAAUAUUAUCCACUUCAAGGGAAAACCUUAGUUAAAUGUAACUUUUAAUGCUCUAUGUAAUUAUACAAGUAUUAAAUGCUAGUUGUUCCUUUAGCACCAAUUAGGUUUCUAUCAGGGUAUUUUAAUAUAUUAAAAAUAAGUGACUUGUACCUGAUCUCAGCCCUUUGGUCAGUUGUUGUUAAAUAACAAAUAACACAGAACAAGUUUAUUACUCACUUUCGAACGUAGUGUAAGGACUUUAAAAAAAAUAGUCUUUUUUCACUUUUGAUUUCACAAACCAGAGAAGAAUUGGAGCUAUUUGUGUUUGCAUUUGUAGUUUGUAGUUCAUAAUUCAAACUACACAUGUUUAGAAUUCAAAAUCUGAAUUCCUACUGAAAACUAAAUUGUGCUUCAAACUUUGAGUUUUAUUUAUGUCAUUUAUGUUUUUUCUGGAUUUUUCUUGCCUUCGUCUCGUGUGCUAAUACAGAAUUCGAAAAGUCAAAAUGCUACAUGAUUUGUAUGGCUUUUAGCUGCAGUUGUAAUGUAAUGAUUGUAAAACAAAGUGUCCUCUGUCCUAAAUACACAGUUUGGAAUUUCAUGGAGCUUGAAACAGUACACUUGGCGAUAUCGCCACUACACCGUUUUCAUUUUAACCUUAGAUAACCAUGCCAUACAGACUGCACUUCCAUUUGACAAACAGUUGUUAUGUAUAAACUUUUAGUACUGAUUCUGAAAUUUCUUUUUUCAUUUUUUCCCCUUUGUUUCCCUUAAAAUAAAACAUGUGAAAAGCUCAGAAAACAAUUAUUAAAAUCUUUAAUUGUUGUUCUCCUUCAUACGUAUCAUGUCUCUGUAAUGGAAGAAUGUAAUGGAGUUACAAUGUGCCAUCAGUUGUAUCUGGGGGAAAAAAUUAUCAAUCAUUUAUCGACAAAAAGUUCCAUUUCUUUUUCGAAAGGGUGCCUUCUUGCAGUCGUGAGGCAGAUAGCCACUGCUACAGUAAGUGUAGGAUAACCUUCCCAUUACAGGGUUAAUUUAACUGAAACUUAAGCAUUUCAUCAUUGUCUUCUUCAAGGUUAUUGUGGAGAUGUAAUGACAUAAAAUGUUUCCCUGAGGUUGGAAUUACCAUUGAAUUGUCACAGUUUUAUUUAUUUAUUUUUUUCUUUUUAACAUUUACAAUUUACAUUGUAAGUACCACACUAUUAUUCAGUCAUGAUAUUUCUCGUAUAAUCAGUUAUUCUGUUUAGAAUUAAGAUAUCCUUUUGGAUAUGUAGUAUAAUGACACAUUUGGAGGGUGCAGGGUUUUUUUUGUCUUGAAUGAGUGUGAAAACCAGUCAGUAUGUAUGUUGAAAAGCACAGUUGUCUCACAGACUCACACUUUCAUGCGUGGUGAGAUGUGCUUAGUGAAAUAAAAGCCUUCCAACCCUCUG